UUUCCCAAUCUUGUGACUAGCAAGCUUUCCCUCUCUAUAGUUUCCCGUCCAAAUCAAGCACGAUUCUGUUCAUCGCCUGCAAAUUCUAGAACCUCUAAAGCAUUCUUAUGCACAGAGCAAAUUUUGAUCUCUCUUUUUGCAAUAUUGUUGAAGUUUGAUACUGCCGGAGGAUUCUGUGGAUGAUAUCGUAGAUGAACUGGACUAGGAGUUCGCGUUUUUGGUCCAAUACUGCUCGCAAAUGCAUCGGAGAAGAUCGGUGCGGUAGGAGUUCGCUUUGGCCAGUGCAGAGAAUUGCGCCUAGCUAUCGUCAUUUCGGAGGGAGGAUUGUGAAUGAUGACUAUCCACUUUUAGAUAGGAGCUUCCUGGCGCAGCUGUGGGAUGUAGAUAGGAAUUUGGGAAGCAGUAGAGAGAAGCGGAAGCGGUUAUUGACUCGAAAUGGAAAUCAAAAUCGAAUAGCUCCCUAUAAUCCCAGGAAUCUGGUAUAUGAACGUCCGUUUAGGUUAUCGACUAAGGAUGCGACUUUUGUAGAAGGGAAACAGUGGAAGCAACCGCCUCCAAGUCAAUCUGUAUCUGGUUUUCUAGCGCCGCAUACUCCCGAGGAGGUCCAAGUUGCACCUCUUCUUGCUAGAUCUAAUUUGCUCAUUACCAGGGAUAUAGAGUGGGCAAAUCUGGUUCUUGGAUUUGAGCAGGAAAAUCGUUAUGCUAUAGUAGACGUGUGCUAUCCCCAGUCACCAGUUGGGUUUAUUCGGGAGCAAAGUAACAUCGUUGCUAGACAGUUGCUUCGUCUAAGGCGCCCUUUUGUGGCAUAUAUUACUGAUGCAAUGGGUAAUGAACUUUUCAGGGUUCGACGGCCCUUUUGGUGGCUAACCAGUUCUAUAUAUGCUGAAAUUGAUGGUAAGGAAAUUGGUGUGGUUCAUAGGCGAUGGCAUCUCUGGAGGAGGGUGUAUGAUCUGUACCUUGGGAACAAGCAGUUCGCAGUUGUUGAAAAUCCUGGCUUUUGGAAUUGGACCUUCACAUUAAAGGACAUUGAUGGUAAUGUGCUUGCUGAGGUGGAUCGUGACUGGAGAGGUUUCGGCUUCGAGAUGUUUACUGAUGCUGGUCAGUAUGUUAUUCGUUUUGGUGCUUCAGAUUCGGCUUCAAGGACUGGCCCCGCUAAAGGAGUUCAAGAGCUGGAAGUCGCCCGACACCUUACUCUUUCAGAGAGAGCUGUAGCCGUUGCUCUUGCUAUUUCACUUGAUAAUGACUAUUUCUCAAGACAUGGGGGCUGGGGACUUCCUUUCAUUGCUGUUGGAGAGUAGAAUUGGAUUGCUGGACAGGCUUCUAGAUCUCUGAGGUUUCGUCAUUUUAAUUCAAUGAGUUUUUGAUACCAUAUGUUGUAUUUUUCAUAUUGAUAAAGUUCUUUCGAUCUUGGCGAAAUCCCAAGUGUUAUUAGCUUUGGGAAAAGAAAAAAAAAAACAUAUCACAAAAGAAAAAUUAGAAAACUAAUGGAACAGAAUAAAUUUUAGGCUCCAUAUUCUUCAUCUUAUUGCUGAUUUCACGACUCAAGUGAUGUUUAUACUUGAAAAUUGAGGUUUUGGAUGUUUCUUUCGCCUC